ACGCUAGUUGUUUUAAUAUUACAAAUAUGCCGGAGGAAUGUGAAAUUACAAACGAUGAGCUCAAGAAGCGCAGCAAUUUGCCAUGGAUUGAGAAAUAUCGUCCCAUCAAGUUCGAAGAGAUUGUUGGCAAUGCAGACACAGUGGCGCGUCUCUCUAUCUUUGCUACCCAAGGAAAUGCGCCCAAUAUUAUAAUUGCGGGUCCGCCAGGUGUGGGUAAAACGACGACUAUUCAAUGCCUGGCGCGCAUCCUUCUUGGAGAUAGCUACAAGGAAGCAGUGUUGGAGCUUAAUGCUUCAAAUGAACGUGGCAUUGACGUGGUGCGGAAUAAAAUUAAAAUGUUUGCCCAACAGAAAGUUACGUUGCCCAAGGGUCGACAUAAGAUUGUAAUUUUGGAUGAGGCAGAUAGUAUGACGGACGGCGCACAGCAAGCACUGCGAAGAACAAUGGAAAUUUACAGCAACACGACCCGUUUCGCGCUCGCCUGCAAUACAAGCGAGAAGAUUAUCGAGCCCAUUCAGAGUCGGUGUGCAAUGUUGCGCUUCACAAAGCUUUCUGAUGCUCAGAUACUGGCCAAGCUCAUUGAGGUGUGCCAGCUGGAGAAGCUGACUUAUGAUGAGGAAGGGCUUGAGGCGAUUGUGUUUACAGCCCAGGGCGAUAUGCGUCAGGCACUCAACAAUCUGCAAGCAACCGCUCAGGGCUUUGGUAGCAUAAAUAAUGAAAACGUAUUUAAGGUGUGCGAUGAACCGCAUCCCAUGCUUAUUCAGGACAUGCUACAACAUUGUGCUGCCAACGACAUUCACAAGGCGUACAAAAUUUUGGCAAAGCUUUGGCGCUUGGGCUAUGCCCCAGAGGACAUUAUUGGCAACAUAUUCCGUGUAUGCAAGCGCCUAACCAUUGAUGAGCAGUUGAAGUUGAACUUCAUAAAGGAGAUUGGUAUUACACACAUGAAAAUUGUCGAGGGUACUAAUUCGUUGCUGCAGCUCACCAGUUUAUUAGCUCGACUAUGCACUGCCACUGAAGAACACUGAAAUUAAUUACACACCUAUAAUUUUAAUAUUA